AAGCUAAAAUCUUUAACAUAAUUAUAUUAUAAACCUAAUCUUCAUUCUUUGUUACAAUCAGUCGUAUAUAAUACAUGGCUCAAUUAGAGGGACUUAUUGAAGAGUUUGAAGUAGUUGAUAGUGACCAAGAAAGUAAGCAUGAAGAAAAUGAUGAUGACCAGCUAGAGGAAUCAAUGUCUUACCAAUCUUCAAUAUUAGGUUACCUUUCAGCUCUUAAACAAAGAGGCUUAGAAACUGAGAUGUUUCUUGAAAAAGUUAACAAUGAAAAGAAUGAUAUGAUUGAUGAUAAAACAGUUGUGAUUAAGCAAAUGAUUUUGAAUGAUUUUGAACAAACAGCUGUUAAAGGUGAUUGGAAUGGUCUAACUGAUUACAAUAAAAGUGAUUGGAUUAAUGGUCUAACUGAUUAUAAUAUAAGCAACUCAAAACAACUUAGUGACAAUAAUUUUAUCAAGGAAAAACAAGAAACGAAAGAAGAAAUUAUAGAACAAAACACUUAUCUGUCAUCUCCAUUACAAAAUGGCUUGAAAAAUGGACAGUGUGACCAUGAUCAGCGCAUAAAAUUAAUUGAUGAAGAGAUUUUCAAUGAAAAACUGAAGCUUUUUUCAUUAAAUGUAGGUUGAUGUUUGUUUUUUUUGAUAAGAUUGAGACUUAGUUCAAAAGAUAUAAACAAGUAACUAUUAUUGAAACAAGUUUUUCAAUAUUAAAAAUUACCUUUAC